AUGAGUUUUUUACAAAAUGAUCCUGCAUCAUGUGGGGUUAAUAAUGCCGUAAAUAAGCUCAAUAAUCGUGUCAACGACAACAACUCGGUAAACCAGCAGUUACAGUAUAGAAAUAAUCAGGCAUCUGGGUUACAGGAGGCAAGAAACCAGUUUAAUCGGCUUAAUCGGGUAGACAGAAAAGUUCAGGAGGAAUUUCAUAGUUUCCAAAAUGAAAUUAGCUGGCAAGAAAGACCUCUUGAUUCUUUUCGGUUUAAGGCUUCUGAUUCAUCAAUUCAACCGGCCCAGUUAGGAGGAAGCCAUCAGCAAGAUCAACGGCAGCAGUGGGUAACAGAUUUUCAGAAAUUAAGCAUACAGGAUAGUCGAAGGACUAAGGAAAAUAUAGGAUUAAGUUUACAACAUGGAGUUCAACCGAAAACUGGGAUGAUGAUGUCAGGUCAGAAUGCACAUGCCUGGAGUGCAGAAUUUAAUGGCAUAACACGAAGACAAGAGGAAAUCGAGGGUAGGGAAGAUUACAUUGCAAGAAAAAAGAUAGUUGGUCCAAUUUCAUCUUUUAAUCAGACGUAUGGAGUUGGGCAGAAUAUAAAUAACGGGGAUUGGAGGUAUCAAAAGCAGAGCAAUCUUGAAGAAAGUAAGGAGAGAACCGACGCCGCAUUUGAAUCAGCAUUCAACGAGAUUGAAAAGCACAUAAAUACCAAUGAUGAAACCAAAAGAGAUUGGAUGGAGGAUGAUGCACAAGAAGAGGCAAACAUUCAGGGGAAAACCGAAAAUAUAGAAUCGAAGAAUCGUACGGAUGAGAGUGAAAAGGAGAAGUUCGCUGAUAUUGCUAAGUCAGUGUUUGAUGCAAUGGAAAAAGGAUCUAGUCAUGCGUCAGCCAAAACGAAUGAUAAAUUCAAAAACUCGAAAUUCUUGCAUCUCAUGGAUCAAAUUUCAAAGAGAGAGGUCGAAAUAAACAAGACGAACGAUAAGUUCAUUGAUGCAAGGGGUCAUGAUAUAAGGGAUGAUCUUCCGGAUCCAUUGCGGGAUCUUAGAGAUACAAAUUUAUAUGAAGGGGGUCCGUUUGAAGCUGCCAGGGAGAUCGGUGCCAACCAGGGACAGCAAAUCUCGCCAGGCGAUUGGGAAACAGAUAUAUAA